AUGGCGCGCAAAAGAGUCAAGAAGAGAACGCACGUUGGUGCCAACAACCCCGCUACCGUUGCCGAGAAUCAUGGCUCCAAGGACCCCAAGAGUAUGGUCAUCCGCAUCGGCGCGGGCGAGGUCGGCUCCAGCGUCAGUCAACUCGCUGCCGAUUUCCGAAAGGUCAUGGAGCCAGGAACUGCUGCCCGCCUGAAAGAACGCAGAGCAAACCGAUUGAAGGAUUACGUCGUCAUGACCGGCCCCCUCGGCGUCACUCAUCUCAUGCUCUUCUCCCGCUCCGAAAGCGGCAACACCAACCUGCGCGUUGCCCUCACGCCUCGCGGUCCGACGUUGAAUUUCCGAGUCGAGAAGUACUCCCUUUGCAAGGAUGUUCAGAAGGCCCAAAGACGCCCGAAAGGCAGCGGAAAGGAGCAGCUUGCGCCUCCAUUGCUGGUCAUGAACAAUUUCCACACGCCCGAUGCCGAUGCAACCUCCAAGGUUCCCAAACACCUGGAAUCUCUAGUGACCUCUGUAUGGUCCAGCGUCUUCCCACCCUUGAAUCCGAAUGCGACCCCCCUCAGCAAGAUCAAGCGAACGUUACUACUCAAUCGAGAGAACGACCCUGAAAAUGAAGGGUCUUUCAUCAUCAACCUGCGGCAUUACGCCAUCACCACACGCUCUACCGGCAUCUCGAGACCAUUACGCAGACUUGAGAAGGCCGAGAAGCUAUUAGCCUCAAAGACGAACGGAAAGGGUGGUAUACCGAACCUCGGAAAGCUUGAGGAUAUUGCCGAUUUCCUUCAAGGCGGGGAGAAUGGCGACGGAUAUCUCACGGACGCUACGAGUGGCAGCGAGAUCGAUAGCGACGCCGAGGUCGAGGUCAAGGAGCAGAAGGCCCAAAAGAUCAAGAAAAGCGCCGCUCCUGUUGACGACGAAGCCGCGGAUGAAGAUGACGCCGUCGAGAAGCGCGCCAUCAAGCUGGUUGAACUGGGACCGCGUAUGCGCCUGCGCUUGACCAAGGUUGAAGAAGGCCUGUGUGCUGGCAAGAUCAUGUGGCACGAGUACAUCCACAAGACCAAGGAGCAGGUCAAGGAGUUAGAGAAGCGCUGGGAGAAGAGGCAGCAGGAGAAGGAGGCCCGCAAGAAACAGCAAAAGGAAAACAUUGAGAAGAAGCGGAAAGCCAAAGCCGAGAAGGGCGAGGCUGCGGACGAUGACAGUGACGUAGAGAUGGACUAUGACGACGAGUUUGACAGCGAAGGUCUUGAGGGUGAUGCCGAGUACAAGGUCAAUGAGGGUAUGGAAGCCACUGGGGAAUGGGAAGACGAAGAAGACGAGAUUGUCAACGGUUGA